AAAAAGAUGGUAUUGUAAUAAGUUAACAAUGAGCUUCAAGGACCUAUACUAAUUUCUAGUGGCAGUGUACCUGGUCUUGAUAAGUUGCACCAUGCCAAACAUUUGUUGGAAUUGAAAUGCAGAGAAAAGCAACAUUGCCGUCCAGGGACGCAAAAAGCGGCAAUGCGAACAGCAUGAGUUAUAUUGGGUGGACUUUGCCUGGCCAGGCUCUACAACGGCAUUUGUGGUGCUGAAGUUCUCCCUCUUCUGUUUGCUUGCAGGAACCAGAUACAGAAAUUUAUGCAAGCAUGUUGGAUUCAUUGAAUGAAUGCUUACAGAUUUCUGGGAUGCUUUUGGAUGAAAGCCAGGUCAGGUCCAUUGUUGACGAGAUAAAACAAGUGAUCACAGCUAGUUCAAGUAGGAAAAGAGAGAGGGCAGAGAGGACCAAAGCUGAAGAUUUUGAUGCUGAAGAGAGUGAGCUGAUUAAAGAGGAAAAUGAACAAGAGGAAGAAGUUUUUGAUCAAGUGGGAGAGAUAUUGGGAACUUUGAUCAAAACCUUCAAAGCCUCCUUCUUACCUUUCUUCGAUGAACUAUUAUCAUAUUUGACACCUCUGUGGGUAUGUUCCUCCCAGAAGCUGUCACUUCUCUUCUCUAAUUAGUUUUUCUGUUGAUAUUAACUACAUUUUUAUUAUUGAGCUGGUCAUUUAGCAUUUUGAUUUGGGUACUAGAUCAUACUUGAAGUAUAUGUAACUGUUUAUACUUUUCUGUUUUCUAUGUUUUAGCUG